CACCCCACAUUACUCUCUCUCUCUCUCUCUCUCUGUGCGUGUCUUCGCAACGCGAUGCGGAGAUGGAGCAGGACGAGUGUACAGCUCUUCCUCUUCCUGGUCGUCUUCUCCCUCUUGCUGCUCUCCUCCAUUGUCCACGACGAGAGAGCCAUAAGAACUCGAGAGGCCUCCACCGCACAGCCCUCGUUCCCCACCCACUUUGUCACAGAGACUUUUGAUGGUCUGGAUUGGUCGAACGCGUGUACUACGGUCAGGAGCUACAGAGGCAAAUCGAGCCCGGCGGCGGAGCGCCGAAGGCAGCACCAGAGCAGAGAGGAAGGAUGCGAUGUGUUCUCCGGGAGGUGGGUGUAUGACAACAGUUCACACCCCCUGUACGAGGAGGCUUCAUGCCCUUACAUGUCGGACCAGUUGGCGUGCCGGAAGCAUGGCCGGCCGGAUGAGGAGUACCAGAGGUGGCGAUGGCAGCCUCAUGGCUGCAACUUGAACAAAUGGAAUGCCACAGAGAUGCUGGAGAAGCUGAGAGGAAAAAGACUGAUGUUUGUGGGCGAUUCUCUAAACAGAGGACAGUGGAUAUCCAUGGUGUGCAUGGUUCAGUCUGCCAUUCCAGAUGGGAAGAAAUCUAUGACACCAAAUGCAGCUUUAACAAUCUUUAGGGCAGAAGAAUACGAUGCCACGAUAGAGUUUUACUGGGCACCACUGCUUGUGGAAUCAAAUUCUGAUGACCCAGUGAACCACAGAUCAAAUGACAGGAUCAUCAGACCAGAUGCGCUGGGCAAGCAUGCAGGUCAGUGGGAGAAAGCAGACAUUCUUGUCUUCAACUCUUAUCUAUGGUGGAGGAGUGGCCAAAAGAUUAAGUUAUUGUGGAAACCUGAUGAUGAUGGGAUCUGUGAAGAGGCCAAUGGACUGGAUGCCAUGAAGUUGGCCAUGGAGGCGUGGGCGGAUUGGGUUGCAUCCACCGUGAACCAUUUGGCACAGAAGGUCUUCUUCGUCACCGUGUCACCUACACAUCUCUGGAGCAGGGAGUGGAAUCCAGGAAGCGAGGGGAACUGCUUUCAGGAGACGAACCCUAUCGACGAGGAAGGUUACUGGGGAAGUGGGUCUGACAUGCACACCAUGCAAAUGGUGGGAAGCAUUCUGGGCAGGCUGCAGACAAAGGUCGUGGUGCUGAACAUUACUCAGCUAUCAGAGUACAGGAAAGAUGGGCAUCCUUCCAUCUACAGGAAGUUUUGGGAGACACACAGCCCACAGCAGCUAGCAAAUCCUGUUAGCUAUGCUGACUGCAUCCACUGGUGCUUGCCAGGAGUCCCUGAUGUUUGGAAUGAGCUGCUGUUCAACUCUUUGUGAGAUGUAGAUACAGAAUCUCUGGGUAUUUACUACCAUUGAAAAGAAAACUACGAGAAGAAGAAAGCAUACAUGAUAAUAGGGUUCUUUUUUCUCUCUUGUUCAGAAUUGAGCAAAAAAGCUAAGGCUUCCAUGACUGAAUGAACUGUAGACUUCUAUCAGAGUCAACUGAGGAGUCUUGGCAUUAGAUGUUGCAGGGGAGUUGACUUUCUCUCUAGAUUCUUCAAGUGGAUUUUGUUUUUUCAUUGUGCAGAGGUGCAUGUAUCAAAGGCUUAAUCAGCUUAAGAUUUAUCUAGUGGUUUUCAGAUCUUACUGUCCUGUUGAAUCAAUUAGGAAGAUACAUGUAUAUUAUUUCUGGAAAUAACAUGUUUUCUCCUUUGAAUUUUAUAUUAUGUAG